GAGCCAUAUCCGUCCACUUUGCCGGCUGAGCAAGCCGCGCUUCCGGCUCGCGAACAUUCGCAUGAGAUUCAGUGGUGGAGAAUUGCUUAGAUGCUCCAAGCUUUACAGUUGACCUUGCCUCUUUAGGGCCUCAGCUCCGUUGCUUAUGAGGCGGUAUAGGUGCGGGCUUGCAUAAGGCCCCAUAUGUACAUGUACUUAUGAACCUGCGGGACCUAACGAGUGUCUCCAUGAACAAGAGCUUCGAGUAUCUUGGCGGAAGAUUACGCGCAGCCGGCCUCAGAGAGACCAGAUGUCGAAGCGAUCUCGAUGUGAUGAGCGACGACUUCAGUCUGCAUGCUUUCGGUGGCUCACAACGCUAGCCUCGUCCAAAUUGCUCGCCUGAGCGCUCGCCGGGUGGCCACAGACUUGCCUGCAUUGACUCAAGUGGCACUCGGACUGUCGCCCGAGAUCGUGACAUCUCGUAAUUAUUCUGCCAGACCACAUGGGCGCUCCACAGUGGAGGCGAACAAUUUGACAGGUCAUCUGGAGGCAAAAUUUCAAUCAAAUGUCUGAAGGCUUCUCGGCAAGCCGGCGCAAAGCGUGGCCACAUGACACUGUUGCAGCGCUUACGCUGCGGUAGAGUCGCGGGGUUCACGUCAUC